UCCACUACCCUUGAUAGCAGAAGAAAAGCCACUCAGAAUCUUACAUAUCCCUCAGCAGUCAGUCCCUAGUUUCCCACACUAACAUAGCACAAGAAGCUGAUUAACACACAGCUAACUUUCAACUACAUAGACACAAUCAAGCCCCUUUUUUCAUGCUUGAAAUCUCACCCUACUAAACAAUCCUUUGAUCAAACUCUUUACUUAAAUGGACUUCAUAUUCACCCUCACUCUCAUGCUCCUCUCACUGGCGACUCCAGAAGCAGUAAAGCCCGGUACUCAAGAGAUCAAAUCGGCUCGUAUUCUUGAUCUUGUCAUCAGAGACUACACAUUCAAAUCAUACAACAAGAGCAACUUCUUGAGAACAGGCAAACUGCAGCAGAUCAACCUACCUGCAAAUCUUUCAGGCAUAAACGUGGACACGAUAAGGCUGCGUUGUGGCAGUCUCCAACGUUAUGGUGCAAGAAUCAAGGAAUUCUACUUAGGCAUCGGUGCGAACGUGCAUCCCUGUGUGGAACGAGUCAUGCUGGUUCGACAAAAUCUUGGAUCCGAAUGGUCGUCUGUGUACUACAACAGCUACGAAUUAUCAGGCUAUCAGCUCAUCUCACCUGUCUUAGGCCUACUUGCUUACAGUUUUGCUGACAGAAACUACAGUACGAUUCCAUCUGAUCUUGGAAUUGAGGCCGGAAAAAAGCCCAUCACUGUAGACUUUAGCAGCACAAACUUGCUCGCUAUUGCGUCAGGGAUCAUCCCUUUGUGCGCAAGCUUCGAGCAUGAUGGAAAAGUCAUUUUAUCAAACCAAUCGCAGCCUAAUGUCUGUGUUGCAACAAAGAACGGACACUUUGGAUUGGUGGUGGAGUCGACGCUGGUGCCCUUGAAAGGGAAGGUUGUGAGCAAAGGGAAGAUAGUGAUUGUGAGCUCGAUCGGAGGUGCGUUAGGGGCUUGUCUUUUGAGUUUGCUGAUGAUAGCGAUGUUGGUGAAUGCAAAGAAGAAGAAGGAGAGGAUGGAUGAGUUGGAGAGGAGGGCUUACCAAGAGGAGGCUUUGCAGGUUUCGAUGGUCGGCCAUGUCAGGGCUUUUACAGCUUCUGGUACGAGGACUGUGCCCACGCUUCAGAGUCAUGAGUAUCAAAAUGGUGGUUCUUGAAUUCAAGAUUUUUGUUUAUGUGUUGUAUGAUAAAGAGUGCAUCGAAGAUUCGUUCAUGGUUGCAGCAUAGGAUUCGGAAAAGAAUUUCAUGACUGACAAUUUCUUCAUCAGUUCUGCUGAUCUGACUCAAUUUUGUUGUAAUAUUCUGAAAACAAAUUCAGUGGGUGUGGAAAUUUCUUUAAUUUAUUUACUUCUGUAUGUUCUUUUCUUGUAACCUUAAUUUGAUUAUGAUGUUUAUUGUGUUGGAGAGACAAUGCAUCUAUAUAGACCUUGAAACUU